AUGGAGGAGUCGAGGGUAUGGACAGUGCACAAAUGGUUUGCCGACUACUUUCCGGUCACUCUUCACAAAACUGUCGAUCUAUCACCGAACCAUGUGGAAUUACCUUGUGGCUGCCAUCCUCAUGGAAUUAUCGCUAUGGCCGUUUAUGCAAACUUCGCCACCAAUGGCACCGAGAAGUAUACUAAAUUCCCGGGCAUACGCUUUUUGGUGUGCACUUUGACAUUCAACUUCAAAAUGAUGAUCAGACGUGAACUUCUUCUUCUACUCGGCUGCAUAGAUGCGUCAAAGGAGAGUAUCGAAUACGUUCUCGACAGCCCUGAAACCGGUCGCGCAGUCGUUAUAGUGGUC